AUGUCCAAAGAAUAUAAAGAUUUUUUUACUAAUGCGCCAAAUAAGCAAGUUCGGAAACACAAUUUAGAAUACUUUAAUAAUCCUGAUUUUGAAACCAAAGAUAUAAAUGAAGUAACCUCUCUGUUACUAGACUCGUAUAAAACUUGUAAUGGAAGGCGAUUUUUGAAUGAUGACGAUAUAAAUUGCAUAUUUCCAUCCGAUAAAGUAGAGCUUGAAAGAUCGACUUUAUCGCAUUUAUUAAAUAAACAUCAAUGGAAAGGAAAUUUUCGUUCACCGAUUAAAGAAAAGUUGAAAAUGGGUGGUGCUACUAUUCUUGAUGUUGGGUGUGGCCCAGGUCUCUGGGUGAUAGAUAUGGCAUUAGAAUAUCCAACGUCUUUAAUUAUAGGAAUUGACAUUGAUUCCUCUAAUUUUCCAUCAAGUGAUCAAUGUCCAUCAAAUGUUUGUUUUCUUGCAUGCAAUGCAAUUCAUGGUAUUCCAUUUCCUCAAAAUACUUUUGAUUUUAUUCAUAUGAGCAUGAUGUGGGGCGCAUUUACUGAGGAUCAAUGGGUUGUAGUAAUCAAAGAUCUUGUCAGAGUUUUAAAUCAUGAUGGAUGGAUUGAAUUUACUGAACCAGAAACAACUUAUAGAAAUUGUGGAAAGAUUCAAUUAUUGCUUUAUAAUUCUUUUAUGAAAGCUACCCAAGAAAUACGAGGUGUUAGAAUUGAUAUUCAUAAAAUGUUACCAAAAUAUAUUGAGGCAAUAGAUGAACUUGAAGAUUUGAAUUGUAUGAUUGUAGAUUAUCCAAUAGGCGAAUGGUAUGGAUGUUUUGGUAAAUAUCGUUUAUAUCAAACUGUGUUUUUUCUUCCAAAAUACAUGGGGUUAUCUAAUGAGGAAUUUAAUAACUUAUUGAAUGACUAUGUUAAAGAAGCAAAUGAAAACAAUGCUUGUUUUGGUAUUUUCAAAUGCUUUGCUAGAAAAAUUUCAGAAAAGUUUUAA